UCAUUUUUUUUUCGUUUCUUCCCUAUCUUCUUCUUGUGAAGAAGAGAGAAACAACGGGGCAUAUAUACAUUAUCUGCUCCCUAUAAAUACGAAGCUUUGGAGGUAAGAGGGCAUAGCAUCUAUUAUGGUUUCCGGUGCUCCGAUGAAGAAGAUAAUUGCCAUCGCCGGCAUGAUGAUGGCUACCUUGUUCAUUGCGGGGGCCCAGCAAGAGGCGGGAGGCUGCAUUGUGGAGACAUCCGACGUUCCGGGUGCCUCGAAUCCCUGCAUCUGCUCCCAGAACUGCGCCUGCGCCGGCAAGUGCAUCCUGAAUGCCGGCGAGGGCGCGGAUGACGUCCAGACCUGCUUCGUCGAGUGUGUGCUGAAGAAUGGCUGCGGAGACUGCCCAGGACCCUGGACAAGACCCCUCCCGACCACCUUGUACAAGACCCUGAGGCUGAAGCUGACAAGGCCUAAGGCCUCAGAGACACCUCCAGAGAGGGAGACGCUUCGCGUCUUCUUCGACGUGGAACCCCGCGGCACGGACACGCCCGUGAUUGAGGUGUACUUGAAUAUGCCCGAGGGAAAAGAGUUGAGUGACAAGUCCGAGCACCACCUGCAUACCUUCCUUGCGAGGCCAGACCACAAGGCGGAAAUCUGGGACAUACGCGGCGCGCUGUUGCAAAUCGGAGCGGGCAGCGACAAGACGGUUGAGGUGUCGUUCUUGCCCAAGGCCUGGGGAGAAAGGGUUACUAUAACCAGUGUCAAGAUCGAAUAGAUGAUUCUGGUGCAGGUCGUCCGUAUACUCUAUAGUCGUGGUGUGUGUCCUUCGUUUGUUUUGCUACCGUAUUUGCACAAAUAAAGAACAACUAUAUGUGUAACAGUGCAAAAAUAAAUUUAUUUGUACUGCAUAUACUCUUAAUACCGACUUAAUUAACGAAACACACCGCCGCCAAAAAAGGUCACCCCUUAAGAUCACGGAUCCAAGAGGCUUGUUGUAGGCAAUCCUUAACCCUGCGACGAGCAAAAGCAGAGGGCUUCACCAGCUUUAAGAGGUCAGGCGCGAAACGAUAGAGGAGGAGGC